CGUCGGUGAUCCUCGGCGCUUCUCCAGAUUCCCAUUGUUGUCUGGCUGUUACAUCUCGAUCAGUGCUGCUGAACAUUUGCGCCUAUGAUGGCUGCCAACGAUAUUCCACGAUCAGCAAAGAUGCACAAGCAGGCCCAGAAACGAGAGAACGCCAAUUACAUGCUCGCUACUCCACAUGGAAUACCAGAAAACCAAGACGCUUCUUGGAGCUAGCCGAUGGAUGACAAUCCCCGCACCAUAAAAAGGGCCCCCUUCGGUCUUGCGACUGCCCUCUGAUAUCUUCCUAGCUAUGGCUGGCUCAAGCACAGAUGCUCCUUUGAAUCUUGACUUUCUCAUUGUCGGCGGCGGAGUUGCUGGCCUGUCCGUCGCGUAUGUUUUGGCUGAAGCGGGGCAUCGCGUUCGUCUCUUCGAGAAACGUGGAGUCGGCAUACCAGCGGGUGGGCUCCGCAUACCUCCCAACCUCAGCAAAAUCCUCUCUCGGUGGGUAGGCCCUGAAGAGCUUGCUCGGACAUCCGUGCCUUGCGUGGGUACUCCUUUCCGCAAUCUCGAGACGGGAGAAGACGUCGGAUUUUUACAUUGGAGGCCCGACGUAAUGCGAGAAACAGGCGGCGAUUUCCUCCUUAUGCAUCAUGAAGACCUCCACCGAAUGCUGCACAAACUAGCGAAGAGUGCUGGAGUCCGUAUCGACUGUGGGACAAGCGUCGUCGCAGUACAUCAAGGCACGGGCAACUCUCCAAGUCCAAGCGUGUCGCUGUCGACCGGAGAACAAGUCACAGCAGACAUCGUCAUUGGUGCUGAUGGUCCGCGAAGCCUUGUACGGAAUGUUGUCGUAGGAGACGCGGAUGAUGCACAACCAGACUUCCUCACAGUAUAUACUACAACGAUUCCUGGUUCCGAAAUGAGGAAGGACCCGGAGCUGCUUAAGCUUCUGGAGUCUGACGAGUGGCCCAUCUGGAUGGGCUCACAUCGCAGUGUCUGUGCACAUCCAGUACGCGCGAAACAAGACUAUGCCAUGCACAUUUACUCGCACACGGGCGACAGCUCAUGUACAGGCGAAGACGAGACCUGGGAAGAGGAAGUCCCUGUGAGUAGCAUCAGCUUCGAUGAUCAUGCACCAAUAGUCAAAAAGCUCCUUGGCUUGGCCCCCUUUCUGUUAAGAACACGGCUUAAGAAAAGGUCACACGAAAUUGAAGACUGGGCGGAUGAGACAGGAAGAAUUGUACUUAUUGGCGAGGCGGCGCAUCCAUGGCAGCCUGGUGGAACUCAUGGACCCAGUAUUGCAGUAGAAGACGCGGUCGUCUUUGGGAGCCUAUUUUGUCGGCUUAGCACAUGGGAACAGGUACCAUCCUUUCUCAGCGCGUAUCAAGAACUACGGCAGAACCGAUGCAACGAAGUCAAAAAGUCUGACCUAUCGAAUGCGGUGAUGGUUGCGAUGCCCCCGGGGCCGGAGCGUGAUGCUCGCGAUGCGGACAUGCGCAAGAAGAACGCCGAUGAGUGGGAUGAGGGAACGAUGAAGCGUAACUUUGAGGAGAUGGCGUGGGUGUUUGGCUACGUUGCUCAGGACGACGCCGAUGAGUGGUGGGUCAAUUGGGGUCGGCUCAGCGAUUCGGUGAGAGGAUCUUUCGACGUCAAACAUUUGAGCGUGGCGCUAGAUAUGAAAACGGUCGAGUCAAAAGCAUAGCAUCUUCAUCGCAUGCAUAUCGGGUUAGGUGUAGGAUAUGAUUGCUUAGAUUUUGGAUGCGGACAUCGUCGAUUCAUUGCUGGGUGUAUAACUUCAUGGAAUGUAUGCUACAUAUCUUAAAGUACAAUAUGUUAUAUGCAUACGGGGCGUGAAAUAGAUAGGGGGAGACAUACAAUGCCAUCAUUCAUCGACUGGGUCAGCGGAGCGACUCGAGUUACAAUGGUCCAGCAUGCGAUGGAAACCCUCGGCAAGUAGCACCUGCUAGCAAGUUGCCCCCCCACCCCCGUAUGGAGUGUGGCUACUUGAGAG